AUGGCGCUGCACGAGCAAUACAUACUGCGCGUCACCGCAGGCGCAACCUACGACACGGCAAAACACCAAGAGGUCCUGGUCAACACGGAGAAGCCAGUCAACAUCAACUCCGAUCUCAUUGAUGCGCAGCUACACGUUCGUAUCAGAGACUAUCGCGGCCUACCCAAAGGCUCGCCCUCGACCUCUCCCUAUUUCGCCUCCCCACAACAUCCCUACGAUCGUUACUCGAUAUCUUUCUCCUUCAUUCCUAAACAAGACAUCGCCGGCGACAAACUUGUCUUUGGCAAUGACUUUGAAAACCCCAUCCGCGACCGUCUGCCUCCACUGUUCGACAAAGCUUUUGGCAUCGUCAAGUGGUGGAUAGAUCCGGGUCUGGACGGCGAUGUGUAUGGUGACAAGCCCUAUCUGUAUGGUGCCUUGUUGAGCAGCAUCAAUGUUCUGCGGAUAGGCGGGAAGAAGGAGGAGAAUGAACAGGACCAGGACAAGGGCACCGCCGUGGUCUACGAAGAAGGCGCCUUUGAGUCUGGUGCAAACGUUCGUGCUGCGAAGCGCAUGCCCGAGCGAAGCGGCGCACGCCAGAAGUUUUUUCUGACAGAGCAGAAUCGCAAAGAUUUUACCUUUGAAGCUGGCCGCGAGUACCAGUGCGACUUCUUCAACCCGUACUUAGACUUCAACGAAUUCGCGCUGAAGAUUGGGUACGGACUACCUAACAUCUCCAUCCUCGGACACUGGGAUGGACAGCCGCUACGAUACGUUCUCAAGAACCGCGACACAGACAGGGAACUUUUCGUCGUGGUGAUUGAAUUGCUACCUAAUGAGACAGCAAGGGAGCAAGGCGUGGAAGACGCGGAGGGGAAGCCGAAUGAGAUACAUGGACAGCACACAGACAAGGCGAGUGAAGAAGAUGAUGGCGAGUUGGAUUGA